UCCCUCAGCCGGGGCGGGCCUUUCCUCUGUGUCGUUGCUACAGGGAUACCAAGAUGGAAAUACAGGGGCUCUCUGAUGCCCAAAACAUCCAUUGUCAACAUGGCGCCCUCCUCAGACCCUCAACAUCUCCGCCGCGGUCGGUUAAAGGGUCUGUUCAGCGUUUUAUUUCCACAGAAUCUGAAGCGAGCGGACUUUCGGGGUCAUUUAAGCCACAAGGGGAAGACAACAACAACAACAAAUGUAGGCCGAGGACGUCAGCGUUUGACAUGCUGCUGGAAAAUGGCAGCGAGGCGGUUUGUUCGUCUGUCCAGCCAAGACCAACAGAUAAAACCAAACGGUUGUUUAACAUCGACAAAGCGAGUAUUGGACUUAAUAACGUUAACUCUGAGAGGAGAAAUUAUUCGCAUGAGUCUGUGAGGACUGCCCGGAACUGCGGGUCAGGCAGCGGGGAUGUUGUGUUGCAGAUGGCGCUGCCCUCUUUUGAAGGGGAAGAGGAACCGUUGCCGCAGCGGCAGUUAACGUUACCGUUUACAGCUUUACGGCAGCAGCGCGAGGACGGCGCCUUCAAGCAGACCAGCCACAGCUGCGGUGCUGCGCCGGGGAGCUCCAACACGGAGACCGGGGCCCACAACCCCCUGGACCAUAUCGAUUUUAAUGUUGUUCACGAGGACGGCAACGAAGAGGCGACCAAACAGCGAGCGGAGUUACCUCCCCCCGCUAAAGUGAAAGGUAGAAACCCGGAAUGCUCCACAGUAAGCCCCAGUGGCUCCAUGGAGGCUCGAAACGUCAGGGAGAUAAUUCUGUGUGAAUUUGAUGACAACUUUAACUGUCUGGACUCCGAAGUUUUAAAGAAAGCCGAACAUGUUUUCAAUUUUCUGAACGACAACUCGGUUUUGGCUAAUGCUAAACAGGCUGUGGUAGAAGACGUUGUUUUGACAAACAAAUAUGGCGAUAAGAUUUGUGGUCAGAUUUGUAACGAAAACAUCGAGAGCAGGCUGCUAAGAGAGGUUCCGCCUCAACCGAGUCCUGCUAUCGUCGAAACCAUGGACACUCCGGACUUUAUUUCGGACUCAACGGGGCUGCAGGACACCGCAAACCCGGGCACGGCCUCGACUAGUCCGCCUGCUGGUGAAACCUUUUCCGGAACUAUCACUAUAAACAACCAAAGCAUCAUUGUGACCAUUGAAAACGGGGUCCUGACUCUGGCUGCUCCUCCAGAGGGAUAUGUGCACAAAGAGGAUGAUAUGAUCAGCCUGAAAGAGCACCUUGGCAUGAAAGACCAUGAGGAUAUUGUUCUUCUGAACUAUGAUAGUGGCACCAAGUCCAUUGGUAAGAUCAGCACAUUGGCAGUAUCCAGCUCUUGUCAGCAGGAUGAGCCCAGGCCUGGUGUGUCUGUGAGUGACUCUGAGCUGGCUCUGGUAGAUGACUGCACCUUAUCAGAGCUCGGCACGUCUCUGGACUCCUGUCCUAUUAUUAAACAGGAGGCAAGGGAGCUGUGUGCCGUAACAGAGGCCGAUCUGGUUGAACCACACCCCAAAGUGGCUGACCAUGACAGUGGGGACUUCCAGUCUGUUCAGUUGAUUCGAUCUAAAAAAGAGACGGUGACUUCUUUUCAUUGCCCACAACCAGACUGCAGCUCCACAUUUGACACACGCCAAAAACUCAAGGUUCACCUUCUGAACCAUGCUGAGGACCCUCGUCCCUACCAGUGCACCGUGGAAGGUUGUGGCUGGGCAUUCGGUACUUCCUAUAAACUCAAGCGGCACCUUCAGUCCCACGACAAGCAGCGGCCACAUACCUGUCAGUUUGAAGGCUGUGGGCGGCGAUUCACCACCGUCUACAACCUUAAAGCUCACAUCAAAGUCCAUCAGCAGGAUAAUGCCUUUGUCUGUGAGAUCUGCAGUGAGAGAUUUCGCAGUGCAUCCCGACUCACCAAUCACCAGAGGGUCCACUUUGAGCCACAGAGGCCCCACAAAUGUGAAUUCCCAGGUAACACAAGCUGAAUACAUUUAUAUUCAUCUUAUAUGUUAAAUACUUUACAUAGACUCUAUGUUGUACACUAAGGGUGGGAGAAAAAAAUCGAUAAAGCAUAUUGCGAUAUUUUGUCUGGUGAUAUAUUGUAUCGUCUCAUUUACCGAACAUUGAUUUUUUAAAAUUAAUUGUUGAUAUGAAGUCAAAUCUGUGAUAAUGGAUAAAUAAAAUCAACUGUUUUUCCAGUGAGAGCAGGAGAAAGUUAGUGCAACAUAUAAAUCAGCACCUGGGGAAGGACAUUAGGAAUGCAAGCAGGGCACAAAUAAGAUGGACUUGACAUGUAAGGUUUGCAAGAUGUGAAAAUAAAAUACUGUGUAAAUACGACAAACAUAAAGGAAAAACAAAUGCUAAAUUAGCUCACCAGUUGAAAAAAUUGUAUAAAUCGCAAUGUAUUGUAUUGGAUUACUCACUGUAUUGCAAAAUGUUAAAAAUCGCAAUAAUAUUGUACCGUGGGGCCACUGGUGAUUCCCACCCUUAUUAUGCACUGUAUCACCCUGCUCACCUGCUUACAUUUGAUAUGAAGAAAAAAAUCCUGAAGGUAGCUGGAUUUAAGAAACACAAAGCAUUUCUCAAAGUCUGUAUUAAGUUAGAGAAGUUCAGAAAGAGGACAUUGCAGUCAGAGUCAUUUCCUGUAUUGGCGUCACAUUGGUGGUUUGGCCACUGACCAGCAUUAGAUCCUUAGAGUUAAAUAAAGGAAGUAAUAUAAGAGCACAGGUGACAACUCAUCAAAGUAAGGGCUGAACCCAUUUUUGAAAGUUACAUGCUCUAAUCAUGCAAAAUGAUCAGAACUUAAUUUUCAGAUAAAAAAAUUCUGUAGAAUAUUGGCAUUAUUCUAGACCUGCCUCAGCAACAGGGUUCAGCCAGAUCAGUUUACAGGAAGAGAAAAUGACAAUAUAUCACUAUUGAUCAGUGUUUUUUUUCCACUAGUUUGAUGACACAGCAGUUACUGUUUACAACAUGUGAACCCUGUCUGUGGGUGUAACCAGCAUGUAUUUUUCCAGCAUGCAUGAUUAACCGCUGGGUAUCAUAACUUGGCGCCAAAAGACAAUGCAGGUAGUAGGUGUAGGUGUUACUGUAUUCCAGGUACAAAGCUUGUUUUAAUCUGCCAUUCCUGUGAUUGUAAUGUUUCUCUUUGUCCUAUGCAGGCUGUGAGAAAACCUUCAUCACCUUCAGUGCCCUGUUCUCCCACAAUCGCACUCACUUCAGGGAAACGGGCCACUUCACCUGCACCUUCCCAGGCUGCGACAAGACAUAUGACAAGGCCUGCCGUCUCAAAAUCCACAUGAGGAGUCACACUGGUAAGCUGGUAGUGUUGCUGUAGGUGAAUUUAUAGGAACAUGUCCAGUAAACAGUGUCUCUGAUGAAACAUGUUUCUUUCAAACCGAACAUUAGCAUGUAUUCAGGUCACAGAGAUGUCGAGGAUCUUUUUUUUCUUUCUUUUUCGAGAAAAGUCAUUCCUCUUAUCACAUGAUUCUGUUGCUGUGCUGCCCCCUGUUCACUCACUCCCUUGGAAAGCAGCGUGUUUCCUGCUUUCCACUUUAUCAGUGUAGUUGCACAGAAAAGCAUGAGCCUGCUCGCAUAUGACUGCUUGAACAGUUUCAGGUCACUCCACUGAGCUUGUACAGGCACACUGCCAUGACAAGGGUUUGAAACCAUUUCAAUUUGACCAAGUCUGAUCCCAGUUUUAGUGGUAUUGUGGUAUUAAGUGUCUACUUUGACAGGAAUUCGUCCUGUUUUACCUCAGCUUUGAAACUGAACAGCACUGUGUUUUAUAGGAAGAAUUCAACUGGAAAAAUUACUAAUGAAAACCACCUGUAAGCAAGAUUAAGUUAACCCAAUAUACUGUACAUGCGAGUUUGAGCUCAACUAGGUUUUUGAACCGCAGAUUUUUUGGUGCACCCCUUAUACCUUGCCAUACUGGACUCUUUGCGUCUAAUGCCUUUGCUCUGUUUCUUUUUAAAAGCAUAAUUGCUGCUCUAUGUGAAUACGAUUUUUGGUUGGACGGGCUGUUUACCUUCUGCCUUUAGUCAUUUAGCUCAUAUGGUAUCAGGGCUGGUUCAUAGCACAGAGGAAGGGUACUUCUUUUUAUUGCUGUUUAAAAUAUUAACUACAACCCUGUUCUAAACAAACUGUUGUUUUCUUUUUUUCAGGUGAGAGGCCGUUUGUCUGUGACUCAAAGGGCUGUGGCUGGUCCUUCACCAGCAUGUCGAAGUUGCUGCGACAUAAACGGUUAGUGUUGUCUUAAGACCAGUCUGCUAAAGUCAAGUAACUCACACAGAACAGUUCACAUUUCAGUUUUCCAUCGCUCUGAGUAGGGCUGCACGAUUAAUCAAUUUUAACGCGGUAUUAACCCGUCCACAGGGAAACUAAUUCAGGAGUAAACGCAAAAGUUUUGAGUCGUAUCGGCGUUUCAUCCACACAGAAACGGUAUUUCAGGUGACUGUAAACAGUACUUUUUGAAAAUGGGUCAGUGAGUGCAUAAAUCCGUAAACCACUACCAUUUCAUCUGCCUAUUUACAUCUUGAAACGUAAUUAUGUCACACACAGCGUAACUCUUUUAUGGUGGCUGCGUGUGUGCGACCAAACCAACCUUAAUAUGCAUGCUCUGUACUCUUCUUUUGUCUUUUGUGCAUUUCUCCGACAGCGUUACAGCACCACUUACUGAUUUGGUAUACGCACUACAUUGUUUUCAGUGGUUUUGUUUUGAGAGAUGAUAGAAAAACCUUUUAUUUUUAAAGUGAAUACAAAAUUCAAAUCAAAAAUCAAGUUUUCAGAGAAAAAAAUCAGGGUUUUUAUUUUUGGCCAAAAUCGUGCGGCACUAGCUCUGAGUUUGUGAUUUCAGUUCUGUCACUCAGGUAACUCAUCUUAGUUUUAGUUCCACCAUGGUGUGUAAACAAGUAUGAAUUAUAGAGUUUCAACUUUCUCAUUUUACAUAUUUUUUUUUUUUAGAAAACAUGAUGACGACCGUCGUUUUGUCUGCACAGAGGAGGGAUGUGGGAAAUCCUUCACCAGGGCAGAGCACCUCAAAGGUCACAGCAUCACCCAUCUGGGGACUAAGCCCUUUCAGUGCCACGCAGAAGGUAUGAAACAGGAACCAAACUAAAUAAGAGUCAGUGGGAAAGAGUCAGUUUUGCAUGCUUUUUUAAAACUCUCAACAGGAAGUUAUUUUUUUUUUAUCUGUGUUAUCUGUAGUUUUGUAUUUUCUGACCUGCUAAUCAGGUCUGGUGUUUGGUUCCUUGUUCCCCCAGGCUGUACUGCCAGGUUUUCAGCACGCAGCAGCCUGUAUAUUCACUCCAAGAAGCAUAAGCAGGAUACCAGCACCCUGAGGACCCGCUGUCCUGUGGCAAACUGCUCCAAACACUUCUCAUCCCGCAGCAGCCUUAAGAGCCACAUGCUCAAACACCACCACCUCAGUCCUGGUGAGUGUCAAGUGGCUUUGCAGUGAAGACACUUUGUGCUUCAACUCUUAGGAUUUUGUUUCUCUUGAAAAAUAUCAAUUAAAUAUUUGCAACUCUUCAGAGAUUAGCAGAUAUUUGAUGUGUUUUUGUUCCUUGCCCCAAACUAGCUAUUUGACAUUAGUCUGUAAAAAUCCUCCAACAAGUAGCUGUAGAAAAAAGUUUGGUGAACAUGAACUGUUUAGUCCAGAAGAGUAUUCCUAUAAAAUUCUGAUCUAUCUUUUAACUUUCAAAUGUUUCCUUCUUCUCUUUUCAAGAUGUCCUCAGCCAGAUGGAGACCACACCCUCCCUGACCCCUAGCAAUGAGCUCAUCAGCUCCACCCCAACAACAGUUGCAGGGCCUGGGGUCGCAGGGGGUGACCAGCUGCCCAACUUGGACCUCAGCUCUCUUUUCUCUGCUGUGCCUGGAAGCGCUGCACCCACCACCGGCAUUGGAGUGGGAGUUCCUGUAAGUGGGAGCAGCUCUAAUGGCACCUUCACCAUGGACCUCUCCCUGGUCAGCUCAGGCAUCCUCACCAUUGACCCCACCUCGGUGGGCCCCACACUCUGCACUAGCUCCAGCACCAUGCUGGCCAAAGCUGUGGACCCUCUGAUCCUGGCAGCUAGCACUGACAUGUCCUCCCACCACGGUCUGGAAGGAACGGUCGGAGACGUCCUGCCCCCACAGGGUACCCUCAACCUGGAUGAUGUGCAGACAGUUACCCCAGAGGCCCUAAGCACCCUCACAGCUCUCACCAUGCAAAGUGCGGGUGUGUCUGUGGACCCCACUCUGCAGCACUCACUCAGCUCCUCCAGUGCCCUGAGUGUGGAGCCAACAGCCUCCUUAGCCGUGGCCCCUGUCACUGAACUGCUGGCUUCACCCUCAAAGGUGGUGGAGGUAGGCGGGCAGGGGGGUGCGGGGCCGCUACUGGGUUGUGUCGAGGUCCUGGGACCACAGGAGGGAGGGAAGGUCCUCACUCAGUUUGUUUUCCCCGGCACCAGCAGCAGCUUCAGCCCUCAGAAAGAGCAAGAACUCAACGCUGUGUCACCAACCAGCUUCCUGGUGAGCUCUCAUUUAUUUCUGCCGCACCAGUGUGUCUGUUAGGAGGUCUUUGUGAUUUCUACUGCAUAUGUGGAGGAAGAAUAUAGUUUUAACAUUCCAACAUUGAAAAGGAAAAUCUGCAACUUGACACCACAAACUAAAGAAACACAAUCCCACAACUAAACAGAUCAUAGCUGCAUCAACUUGGUAAUAUUUGGCCCCACAAUGGUCUUUGACCUGGAGUCUGUAUCUGGAUCCAAUAUUAAAAGAUGGAGAUAUGUUUAGGGCUUUUGAAUAUCCACGUUUUGAUUAAAAUAUCCAUGGUCUAGGGAUGUCCCAAAAAGAUAUUAAUAUCGGAUAUCUGUCCGAUAUAUCGUCCUGCAUCUAAAAUCUUAGAUACAAGCAGUCCAUUCCAGACUCCGCUCCAGCACUUAUAUCCAGCAGUGUCCAAAUCCAGCAUGAGGAGUUCAUGUAAUCACAACAACAGUGUGUACUGAGGUACUAACAAAGUAGCAAGGAGUAGGAUUGAUGUUGGCGAUGUAGCAGUAUUUUUUAAGUCCAAAAAAGACGCUGCAGCUGAGUGCAACACUUGUCAUGCACAAUUUUGUGCCAAUAUUCGAUCGAUAUCAGUAUCGGUCAACGGGGCUACAAUGUCAAUAUCGUAUCUGAGGUUAAAAAGUUGUAUCAGGACACCCCUACUAUGGUUAUCUUUCCAAGUAUAACCAAAAAGCCUAUAUUGAUGAAAAAAGGAACAAAAAAAGAUCAACUCACUCAGAGUUCCGCUCAUCCUAACGCUGGCUGAACUUGCGGCCGCUGCCCGACCAUAACAUCAACACAUUGACUAUUUUUAAAAAUCACACCUGAAAAGACACCUGUUUAAACAAUCAUAUUCACUCUGACUGUCACUCUGCAGAUCUCCCCUCCUUUUUAAAACUGUUAUAUCUUUUCUCUUUUUUACAAUGUCCUUGGGUGUUUUGAAAGGGCCCUUUAAAAAAUGUAGUAUUACUAUUAUUGUUGUUGUUCUCAUCUACACUCAGAACCUAAAGCUCUGAGUGAAGAGAGAACUGCCACAGUAGAUGGAGUGAAACUGAAAAAUGAGCGGCAACUUCCUGAUUGUGUCACAGUUUCUGGUUGUGUCACAGCGCUCAUGCUUUAAAGAAGAUCUACAAACCUCCACAUCUCUACCCAAACAUGCAGGAAGGUGCAGGACUUGGUUCACUUUCAGCUGAAGUGUGGUUUCCUCCCUGCUGUAUCUCUUGUCUCCACCCUCUGUCACCCACACAACACCGCUCACUCUCCUUAGAGACACACUCAUAACUAACAGACAUGUGUUUCCUAAUGAUGGGGAACUCCACAGCACUGCACAAUGAUUGCUAACAUCAGAUCACCAAGGUAGUGAGAAAAUUUGACAAUAUGACAGUGAGUAAAAAAAUCACAGAAUUUCAUUAGGGCCACGGGGCAAACGCGCUGAGGCACUAUUGUUUUAUGGUGGAUUUUUCUCUUAUUCCUCCUUUGGACAAAUUUUUGAUUCACUACUCGUCCUACAACUUGAAGAAUUGUUGGACAAAUUAUAUUUUCAAACUUGAGGAUUGAUUGGAUUGGUUUGCUAUUACUUUAUGGUCCAUUUACAUGCAUUCAUGGUACAUAAAAAUUUUGCACUGAAGUCAAUAGGACAAGCAAAAGAAAAGAGCAAUUAUUGGAGUAUUUCAAACUAUUACAUUUUAUCGCAAUGCUUCUAGUAUUAGUUAUUUAAGGUCUUUGAAGAAUCGCAUUAUAAAGUUCACACCCAGUCAAUAGCCCCUUUCAAAUUUCUCAGAGGGAAUUUUUUAAGUUUUUUUGUUGCUGUGGUGUCAAAGCAGGAAUCACCAAUUUUUUUACUAUCAGCAUCUUGGCUUUAUCUGCCUUGUGUUGACGUAUAAAGCUCCGUCUGUCUUGUUAGUAAGCUUUCUGUUCUUCUUUGUAUGUCAGGAGAGUGGAGGUUCAGCCAGGACGGACUACAGAGCCAUCCAGCUGGCCAAGAAGAAGAAACAAAGAGGUCCCUCUUCCUCCUCAGGUAGGAUACACACUGACAGAUUUCACACUGUUGCUGAUGCCCCUCCUAAGAAACAGAAUACUGGAUCUCGGUUUUCAUCCACAACCCCAGUUCCAUUAAAGUUUGGAUGCUGUAUAAAACUAAAACAGAUUCUUGAUUUCUUUUCUUUGCAUAAUUUUUAAUCAUAUUUAAACUAGAAUGAUUUGCUAACCAUCAACGUUGUCAAUGAAUAUAAAAAAGUUUGUGAAGAAAAUGGAAGUAAAACAGUUUGGGCAGAACAGAAGUUUGAGCUGAAUGCUUUUUCUCUGCCUAACCCAGGGAGUCCAGGAUCAGGUCAGAAAAAAUCCAAAGGGGUGAAAGCAGCGGCUCCAGCUCUAAUGGCCCCCUCUGGGGCUCGUUAUGCUGAAGGAGCUGCAACAGCCAAUGGAGGGCUGACUCUGCGUGACCCUGUGACUGGUGCACAAUACGUUCAGAUUCAGCUGCUGCAGGUAAGAUCCCCAGACAUCUAAUAGUGUUAUGAUUAACUUGACCAUGUGCUCAUAAGAUGUAACUUGAGCACAAUAUAAUCUGUUAGAAUUAGGGAUGUGCCGAUAUACGAUCUAAUCGCGAUAUGCGAUAUUAAACGGCCGCGAUGAUGAAAUCGUAAGGUACUGUAAUAAUCGUUCCACAAUUAUAAUUCAAAGACGAGUGGCAGCGAAGCCGAGUACUUAACAACCUAACCCACUUGUAGUCUUACCCACGGUGUCAAAGCCUCGGUAGCAAAAUGUACAAACAAACCACCACAAAAGUAGUCCCAAAUCCAAAACAACUCUGGAAUUAAGUACAUUAAUGCCAGCCUAACAAAAACGGGAAUAUUAAAAGAGAAAUGAAGACAUUUUACAACAAAAUGCGUGGCCACCCACAAUGCAUUGCAGCCACCCAAAGCAGUAUUGGAGCGUGUCCACAAUGCAUUCCCAUCUGCUCAUUAGCUUCUUAAAGUGGAGGAGAUAUGAUCUGAUAUUUUAAAAACACGAGGAUUGGAUCAUGACAACAUGUCAAAUGGAGCAGCAAACUUUCGUUCUGUUUUUAUGUGUCCCAAAAAUGCACAUAUAGAGAUGUACUUGGGUACAUAAACUGUACAGUAAGCUGUCAAGGUAGAGAACAUUAUAUUUUCGGGACAGCAAAUAUUCCGAACAGAGGGCUGUUGUUUUCGGCUUAUCUGAAUAGUCUGAAUGAAAUCAUUAAAGGCACACGCUUUUGAAUCCACCCAACGGUCAGGAAAACUUGGAUUAUUUUGCCUUGUUAUGUUCUUUCAACCGCGCUCCCGUCAGGGGUGCAUUCUACGGCAGGGGUGCAUUCUACGGCAUAACACCGGACCAAGAACAGCCGGAGACUGAGAAUGACGAAACGCCUCGGCUGUAUCCUCCUAUUAAAAAGGUUUCGUCUGCAGUAUGGAAGUUUUACCGCUUCACAAAACAGACAGUGCAGGUAAACCUGACACCAAUCUGCAGGUUAUGCCGUAAGGAAGUUGCACCGUUGUCUAACACUACAAACCUACGUGCCCACCUCCAUGAACACCAUCCAGCAUCGUUCGCCCAAAUCAAGGUAAAAACAACAUGAUCACAAGAAGUUUGGUCUACUCUACUGCUUAUUAUUGACAACGUUAGUGACGUUUCUGCUAACUUUGGCUCCCAACGUCGCGUUAGCUGCCUCUUGCUCAUAUUGUUUGUGCGUGUCAUGCUGUGCACAGAGAAGUGAUUUCGCAGUUUUUUGCCAUUUUUAAUAACGUUAAAAGCAACGCGCUAAUAUCGUGAUAAUAUCGUGAAUCGUGAUAUUUUGGGGCCACCAAUAUCGUGAUAUCAAAUUUUUCAUAUCAGCACAUGCCUAGGUAGAAUCAAUAAAUAUCUAGUGACGGGUGCUGACAGCGUUCAGCAGCAGCAGAAUUGUUUGCGAUUUUGUUGACAGAUGUUAUGAUCAAAUUGUGUGUACAUGCAGGAUGACCCAGCCAGUGAUGGUGACCUGGCAUUUCAGCUGAGCUCUCAACCCUCCAGCUCCCACUCUCAGCUCACUGCUGACCUGCCUGUCAACAUUUUACAGGUGAGAAAAGUUCUCCUUUGUUGUUUCUGAUGUUUUUCUUUAUUAUAUAUUUUUAUUUUUAUUGAACCUUAAUUUAACCAGGUAAAAUCCAAUCGAGAUCAUGAUCUCAUUUACAAGGACGACCUUGCCAAGAGGUCAGCAGCACACGUUGUAAUAAAUGCAAUAAAUGUAAGGGAACCAACAACAAAUUCUGGGUUAAAGUGCAACACAGACUUUGGGAUAAUUACAAUUGAAAACACAGGCAUUGUUCAUAGGAUUCUUGUUGCUUAGCGAAUAAAAUGGAACAAAAGUCUUUAAAUGAAACCUGUUCUGGCAUUGUCAGCUCUCCCACUGAGCAUUUUUUGGUCUAAAAGAGGUCUAAUAGACGUCUAAAUGUAGCCUAGAUUACUGGUUUAAAAUCAGGCUACCACAGGUCUAAAAAUGAAUGAUUUUUAGACGUCUAAAUUUAGACUAAGUUUAGACUGCCGGCUAACAGAGGUCUACGCUGUAUAUUGCUCAAUGGCUAGCAUAAUUAUUUUGGUUAAGUACUUGUAGAUCAGUUAUGCAACUCACAGUUGCUUUUUGAAAUAAAUAGUUAGCGCAUAAUGGGUUAAAGUGCAACGUCUAAAUUCCGUCUAAAAAUAUAGAGAAUCUAGACGGUUGAAAUUAGGUCUAAAAAAAAAAACUAGACGUCUAAUAGCCGUCCGUUGCUCAGUGGGUUGUUUGUAUGGUGUUCCAGGCUGUGGGGGCAGCAUAACGAAAAGCCUGUUUCCCCAAAUCAGUUCGGACUUAUUGACAGUGUCUGCAGCAGUCAGCCAGCAUAUUUAUUUAAACCGUCUACAGCUGUGUCUUAACUUUCAGUAAAAAUAUAUUUCAAGCAAAGAUGUUCAAACCUGAACUCUGAGUGAAUGUAGGGUGAGGACGAUGUCUACAUGUUGUUCAGUUCAUCCUUGUACUGAAUGUGUGGCUUGUUUCCUCACAGGAACCUUCAGUGAUGAACGAGGACGACAAUGGCUCGGACAACUCUCAGUUCACAGGAAGCACAAUUAACCUUCAGGACCUGGAAUGAGUAGGACAUAACUGCAGAUGGAGGUCUGCUGCCAUGAUGGACCACACUGGCACCUUGAGACCCUCCAAGGUUUACACCAACAACUCAAAGAUAUUCAGCCCCAUCAAACAGUUGCCUCUUUCCCAGGACUUUCAAAGCCUUUUUAAGAUAAGAUAAGAAGAACUUUAUUCAUCCCUGAGGGGAAAUUUUAGACUUGAGGAUAAUUCAGUUUAGGGGAUGUGGAUGUGAGUCCACAGAUACAGCACCUUGAAAGAGGAGAUCAUGAGAAUUUGUCCGGAGGAUUAUUGUGUGUUUCUGACUGAAAUCCAGUUUGUACCAAAAUCAGACCUGAGAGCAUUCUCAUGUCAAAGUCACAUGAGACUUUAGUUCCUCUGUGGGGUUUGACUGAAUGGUGUCUAUUCCCUGGUGCCACAAUGCGGAUCAUGCACACGGUGCGCUGUCUAUGCUCCAGUUGCCUUACAGACACCUCAUGCUGUGUAUUCCUCCACCGGUGAGAAACCCGCUUCAGUUGUUUUUAUGUUUUGUUCUUCUGAUUUCUAAUCUCGUGUUAGAUUUAUUUUUCUAUGGCAGCAGUGAGUCUUUAUUGAGGACAGCAGUAACGACUCACUACCUUAUCGUAAUAAUUAUCUGUUUCUUAUUUAUUGUUUAGCGAUGCGUUUACAGAAUGGCAGAGCCAAACACAGAUGAAUAAAAGAAUCAAAGCACAAUCAGA